GAAAACCAAUUUUUUAAAAUGGAGAAAACACCAAAUGGCUUCAUUUGCGAAAUCAGUAAGGAUCACUUCAAAAUUUACACGCUUGAUCGUGGUCUGAUCGAGUGCCCGAAAAAAGGCGAAGAGGACUUGGAACUUGGAGCUUGGCGCGUCGUUUUUGAUGUGGACCCAUCCGUCCCUUACUGGGAAGAACAGCCAUUCAAAACAUGGGAAGACAACGGAGAGGUCUUCGUACACACCGUAGCCACAACUCCAAAUGCUUUUGCUCUUCCGCAGGAAAUUGGUGAAAAAUACGCGGAUGCCGUGUGGUCCCCGUAUCUCAAGUUUGUCAAGGACGAUGAAAAUGAUAUUUUUACCAGCGGCUGCAGAGGCGGUUUACUCGGAGAGUGUAUUUUCACAUAUGCACCAUCUGGAGACUUGCUCUUCGAAGUUAUUGAGUUCAUUGGCACUGUGUCAUUGACAGAGUGCCCCUACGCACUGGCUCCCUGGACGCUCGAAUUUAUUGGAAAGAACAUGAAAACGAUCAACUAUCCAGGACCUAAACAUAUUUGCGCCAACCCAUAUCAAAAAGUGCAUCCGAUGGAUGUUCAAGUUGGAGUUUGCAUAAAAAUCAAUGCACAUAAUCCAAGUUUCUCCGAUAAAAAAGGUUCUAAGGAAAAAGUGAUGCAUCUAUUCACUCCGAAUUGGGGAAUUGUUCGCUACACAAAUGCAAACGGACCGACUGAAACGGAUGGAAGACUUACAAGUAAUUCGGGUCUACAAAGAGUUGAUGACCCCUUGCUCAGACUCGGGAAAUGGUUUUCCUUCCAAACAAAUGACAAAAGAAGAAAGAAGAAGCAAUGGCACGAAAACGCCUACUUGAGCAUUACUGCAUCCAGAGAAGUGGAAGUUCCUGAUCCAAAAGUUACCAGAGUCGUUGACGACGGUCAAGGUGGUAAAGAAGUUGAGAUUGACACAAGUUUUUUGUUCGAUCAUGAAAUGCUCGAAGAGCCGAGUAAUAGAGAUUGUGAAGACUGGAAUUUGAGACACAAAGGGCUCAGUAAGAGAGCCCAUUUUUGGGAUUUUGAGCUCGGAAUGGUGGAGAUUUAUCCGAAUCACUCGCAGAUGAUCAUUGAGAUCAUCGAAGAGCACAAGGAGACCCUUCAAAAGACGAAUCCCGCCGAAUUCGAUCGACUCAAAAACGAGGCCAUCACCGUCGCCGGCGCUGUCCGUGUCCACAAAAAGUAUUUGGAAAACCGCAAGCACUAUCCGAAACAGGGAAUUUUUGUAUUGCACCGGGUAUCCAUGAUCUGCUAUUUGAAUGGCGGAAAAAUCAUCUACAAACAGCAAUAAAUUCAUUGAAUUCUCUCUUUUUUUUUAUCAUCAUUUUUCCGCAUUUCUGGUCAAAAUCUGGAUUGUUUUUGUUUUUGCUCAUAUUUUACAUGUCCCAUGAAUUUAUUCC